AUGGAUUACUCGGAUGAGCUGGACAAGAUCUACGAGAAGAUGUCUGGCAUCCAUCUCAUCCUGCUGGUCGUCUAUAUCGUCGUCGCCUUAAUCCACAGAGGCACCGCUAUCCGCGUUGGUUGCAUGCCCUUGGCCGUGCUGGUACCGAACGAGUCGGGCUGUCCAUACCGGCUGCAGAAAGGUUGUGUCAUCAUGCGCAACAGGCUACUGUUUCGCAACAUUCCGUUAGCAGUCAUCCAGCACAUUGGAAACAUUGCCCUGGUGGGCUCGCUGCUGGCCUCGUUUCUGCAGGGCGGUCUCUGUUUGCCCUCGCUGGUCUUCACCUUUGUCGGCAAUGGAUUCGUGCUGUUCUCGACCAACUAUCAGACCAUUCUGUUCAAAGCACUCAAAAAGUCUCAAAAGAACAAACUACACCUGUCACCUUCCGCUCAAACAUGGGCGGUGGAAGCGGAGAGAGAUAUCAAAAGCUGCGCAACAUGCAUGCACAGCAAUCUCGAGCCCGAAUCCGCCACAAUGCAACUCAUCCUGCGCCGAGACGUCAUUUUCAUCUAUGGCCUCCCAGCGCUUAUCUGCGUCAUCGGCGUUGGGUACGGUCUUGUCGUGAACUAUCUUUCUCCGAGUCUUGCCGCGCCAAACACCAUGACCAACUCGUGCAACCUGUCGACUCCCGAGUUCUGGCCGGUGCUGGUGAUUGCUGCCGUCAACUCUGGGAUCGUCAAUCCGCUGUGGAUCUAUUUGCUGUGGUCCGAAGACGACAACUUUGGCAUCAAGCGAGAGCUGAUGCUCUCGAGCGCGCUCAAGGUGGUGUCAUUCAUAGCGAUUGUCGUGUGGUGGUCAGCGAUCCCAUUCUCGUACGGCGAUAUUCCUCCAACCGUACGGAACUACUUUCAGAUCAACGACUGGGUGGCCGUGACCCUCAUCAUCGAGAGCGUCAGCGUCGUGCUUAUUCCCACGUUUCUCUCGCUAAUGCCCGCAAGCUGGAGGCCGCGACGGGCCGCCAACCAGGCCAGCUACAACAACUGGGAAACCUUCAUGUUUGUGCUGGGCACGCCGGAACUGUUCCAGGAGCUCAAGAGCUUCGCUGUCCAGGACUUUUGUGUCGAGAAUGUGCUCUUUUACGAGGAGUACCAGAGAAUCAUCCAGAAGGCAAAGCUGUUCAUGAUUUCGCUGCAGUCAGGAUCAUCGGACACAAGCGCCAACCACAGCCGGAUCGAUACCCAAACCGACGACCAUCCCCGGCGCUCGGAUGUCUCGCGCAAGCGGCCGGCCUCACGAAUCUUUUCGUUUUCGAAGGAUCUCUUCGACAAAAGGUCCGAAGACGAAAACGGCUUGGUUAUCAGCAUGGAGAGUCUGAUCACAUGCAAGAGCGACCAGUGCGAGGGGCAGCUCUGCUUUGACGAGCGACACAGCAAGAACCCGCUCAAAUGGGUCCCGCAUCAGUUUCGGAGCGACUUUACGCACUUUUAUCGCUGCUUCAUCUCCAAGAGUGGGCAUUUGCAGGUGAACUUGCCCAACGCAAUCCAGCAAGCCGCCGAGAGCUACUUCUGCGAGCCUGCUCCAGAAGAUGUCCCCAUCAAGGUCUUUGACGAUGCCAACAGCGAAGUUUUGCUCAUGAUCUUUUCGAAUACCUUUCUGCGCUUCAUCAACGCCCCGACCAACGUCAAGCUCAUUCGCGAGCAUCAGAGCGCUGCCCGGCGAGCCCGGCGACACCGAGAGUCGUAG